UCACAUUGAUCACACUGAUCACAUUGAUCACAUUGAUCACACUGACCACAGAAGAAGAGAACUCACUAGAACAGAACAGAACUUUUGAGACGUCACGUGGUCAGUGUUGUUUACCACGUGCUCCGCAUGUCACCCCUUAAAAUGACGCUGCCGCGGUACGUGGGGCAGUGAUUGUUGUUAUUGUGGCUGUCGUUGUUGCUGCUGUUGUUGUUUACAGGAGCGGAACUCCUCGUCGCGGUGCAUCCUGUUCCUCUGUCGGUCCUGUUGUCUUUGUGGAUCGGCGUUUAGAUGAAACACAACUCUGGCAGACUGCAGAGAGCAACACUGUCACUGUUUCUUACAGCACAGCUAGCAUUAGCUAACGCUAGCGGAUCUCACAGCAGAGCUAGCCUGCUAGUUGCUUAGCAGCGAUGGAGUGGCUGGGCAACGGAGCUUCAGUUUACCCCAAUGAAGAGUCUAGCAGCGACCCAGCUUCCACAACCAGGGGCUUCAGUGGUAUUCAUCCUCACCAGCAGUCACCCUCAUCGCACAUUUGCAAUUGUGCCAUGGCAUCGUUGUGCCAGAGCCAGCAGCGCUGUGUGAAGGCCUCUAUCGUCUCCAGCUGGAAACUGGCUGAGGCCCAGGAUCAGAUGUGUUCUCUAGGCGUCCACAGCUCAGAGUCCCUGGAGCAGGAACGUGCUCGGACUCAGGCCUGCCCUACCGAACUCACACACAAUGAGGAGGAGUGGCGCCGCAAGGAGAGCAUGCUUGGAGUCCAGGAGCCCAGCCGCAGUUCUGUACUCGGAGCUGUCGGAAGUUGGGAUGUUUUUGAUAAGAGUAUCAUCAAUGUCCAAAAUCAGCCUGUAGAAAUGGAUCAGGAUAAGUGCAAGACGUUUCUCCAAAAGUAUGAGCAAGAGCUCAGACAUUUUGGUAUGCUGCGGAGAUGGGAUGACAGUCAGCGAUUCCUUGCAGACAUGCCUCAGCUCAUCUGUGAGGAAACGUCCAACUAUUUAAUUCUGUGGUGCAUGAGACUACAGCAAGAAGGGAAAGAAGCACUGAUGGAGCAGGUGGCACACCAAGCUGUAGUGAUGCAGUUUAUCCUGGAGAUGGCCUCGAACUCUCAGCAGGAUCCCCGAGGCUGCUUCAGACAGUUCUUCCACAAAGCCAAAGACGGAAAGGACGUCUACUUAGAUGUCUUCCACACAGAGCUUGAGACCUUCAAACGCAGAGUGAAAGAAUAUGCCAUCAAGUGUAGAGGUGGUACACCCAACACCAUUGAACAACAGAAUACUGGCACAAACUGCAGACUCGAACCCAAAGAAGCCGUAGACUCUUUACCUUCAGUGGCAGAGUAUCCUAUGAAGCGCUGUGUAGAGGCGGGGCUGUGGACAAGCACAGGGAGGUGGACAAAAGAGGACACAACAGAAACUGACGAUAUGCGCAUGAUGGAGACAUCCUAGGGGUUGUAGGAUCGACCCCCUGCUUUUCUUCCAUCUCCAUUGUCUCCCCAUUUAGGAGCUACCUGAGUUUUAAGCCCCCUUUACGCAGCGGAUCAGGCCGAAAACCCCCAGUGCAGAGCAGGAAGAAACGGAGACAUGAUCUAUCUUUUACGCUGCAACUGUUGGUGGCUAACCUGCAGGAACAUAAUGUUUUUGCUCAUGACAAACAGGUUGGCCUGUGGCCUUUCUGCAGUGUCUCUCUCCAGCUCAGUGCAUGUGUUGUGCCAUAAGAUACAGGUGGAGUUCUUAUAUCCUUCAAACUGGUUCUCCUGAAAUAGAGAAACCUCUUUAAGUGAAAGCAAAACAAAACUGAAGUAAAAUCCAGACAACACAAAGAAUACUACACUAAUAAAGUCUAUAGGAAACAGUCAGUUACCAAAUCCAAUGCCUGAAGUAGGACUCAUCUGAGGCUUAUUGUUAUAUCUGCUUACAAUGAAUCAUGUCAAGUAUGAGAGAAGCAUGACUGACAGAUCAAUGAACAUUUUGUAUAAACAGUAUUGUCGAUAGUUUGCUUUACUGUGCUUGACAUUUAUUAUGGCAAAGUGUCUUGAAGUAAAAUUUAGAACUACCUGAUCAUGUUUCUAAAAUAGAGAGAAGGUAGCUGCUCAGCAGGGGUGAUUUGUUGAGUAAUUUGAUUUCAAUCAUGAGGGUAAAAGUAUGCAUAUGAUAAGGCACUUCUGAGCAUAUUUGGAAUACAGCUCACCUGAAGGCGAGACUGUGGCGUAAUGUCGGAAUCUGUAACAAAUACAGAGAGCAUGAAAUUAGUCUACUGAGUAAAACGUUUGUAUUAAAAGGUCUAGGGUCACACUGGGAGGUUCUUUGUCAGGAGAGGAUGAAUAAUGCAGUAUCUGUGCUGACUCACAGUUUCUGCAAUGAACAUAUAAAACAGAUGUUUCAUGAUGGUAGCUUUUGGCGCAAAUGUUUAGACCUUCACUUGGCUUUUUGUCAUGUUUGUCAGAUUCUGUCUUUACCUGAUUGUGGCCGUUCCUUGUUGUGCCUGAAGGGCCAUCAAGUAAGGACUUUCAAACAGCUCGAGGUAUAACGGAAGGUUCUUAAGUUAAUAAAAACGAUUGUUUAUCUAACAACACUGCUCUUACAAAUGCAGAAUGGGAGCUUACAUAUUUUGCGUCUUUUGAAGACUGACAUUUGAUGUCAUUUACGCAUUUCUUCAAAGGCAGGAGAAGAGUGGUUUUAGGUUUUCUAAAAGGUAUUUCUAAUGUUGUCUGGUGAAGCUUAGAGGAGCAAAGUAUCAGACUACCCCCUUCACAUCUGCCAUUAACAUGCGUCUUUGACAUUCAGAUUUUAACUCUGCAGACAAACAAAUAGAUUCCCACAGUAUACACAGUGCCUACAGCAUGUCAUUACAUUCAACAACAGUAGAAAAUCUAAUGAAAUUCCACAUAGUCCACAUACAGCAAUAAAAGAUGAUGUUUGGCUGCAUUGUCUCAUAUUGUCCUCUGUGACAGAAGUUAUUCAGCCUUUGAGAACAAUAGGCCGAUGCUUAUUUAUUUAAGCAGCUUGACAUGAGGCAAAGCUGAAUAAUGAGCUUUAGACAACAGUGCAUGCUUUUCAGUAUGCGACAAUAUAAUAUCCCAGUAUUUAUUCAUGACAUAGCACUCAGCUUUCAAUGCAAACAUGCGUGUUAGAGGGUCAAAGUCAGCUCAAUCUCAUGAGGAUAUUUGAGACAAUCUUGGUGUCUAGUGAAAAUGUGAAUUCUCUGCAUCCAGGUUAUUAUCUGGGUGUAAGAUGCAUGGUAAUGUAAGGUGUGAUGAGGGUUUAAUUGUUUUUUAUUCCCUAUGAAUUUAUUUUAUCAGGCAUUCACUUAAUCAAAGCCUCAAAAUGUAACUGGCACACAGCUUAUUCAGAUCUUUCAGUACAUAAAAAGUUUACUAGGCCUGCAUGGCCAUCUGUACCCAGCAUCUGAAGCCGAGUCACAACCUCCAGUUUCCUUAUACAUAUAUAAGUGCUCUGUGCAGACUGGUGUCGGUGGUGUGUCGAGAAUCCACAGCUGAGUACGGGCUAAAAGCACCGCUGUGGAGGGGAUGGGGGAGGAACAAAGGGCUGCGCUAUCCAUAAAGACAUUUACUGUAUUUGUAUGCAGAAUGGAACUUUCUUUAUCUGAAUGUGUCCUGCACUUUAUAUUUCUCUUUUCAAAACAGAAAUGGUUUAAAAAAAGAGGCAGAGGUAGAGUGAUUGAAGCACUUGACUUUAUUAUUCUUCCCAGUCAUCAAGAUUUGUUUAUUUCACAAGCAGGCUUUAGCUGAGCUCGUGUUUUGAAUUGUGUGACAUUUUGCUUCAUACUUUUAUAUUUUGUUGUUUGCUGACUUUUCUUUUGUCACUUUUUAGUGUUUGAGGGUUGUGCCAGAUUUAUUAGGCUUCCAAUUAUCUGUCCCCUUGAUGAGUGAUAUUCAUUAUUUAACAAGACCGCCAAAAUCAGUAUGAGAAUCUGCUAAGCGACGUGAUCAGUAAGACAUUUACUGCAGACUGGAAUUAAAGAUACCAUACGAUGCAUUAAAGUACAAUACAUGUGUUUAUGACUUAAAGCUGUGAUGCAGUGUUGAUUCUGCGGUGCACUUGGUGUCCUCUCACUAUUCAUCAGUUCACAGAUUUACAUGUACUUUACACACAGUGCUGUUGUGGGGCAGUUCACAUAUGACGUGUAACGUAGACUGUAAACAUACAUAGAGGUAUUUUAAGCAGUGAAGCUAAAACAAUGUGCUUUAGUGGUCUUAUAUGUGUUUCUCUUUUUUCUGUCCACAGUGACUAAUUAACUAUGCAAAAUAAUUAUAUGGCUUAAGCUGUUGUACAGUACCUGUGGCCAGUGUCCAUAGUGUCUCAACUUCGUAAAUUAGCUAAAGAUUAUUACUCUAUUAAACAUAGUGAAAAGGAGAGAAUUUGUCACUAAUCUGUGAGUUUGUUGAAUUACACAAGUUACAUUUGUCAUUCACAGUAAGUUAGUGUAAGAUUUGGUUUCUCUUGCUACUGUUAGAAACUCUAUAUACAUAUAAAACCAGUGCUAAAUGUUUGUGUCUUGCUGUCAACUGCUACAGUUAUUUAUAGACCUGCAAAUUAUAAAGUUGUUUCCUCUUGUCAUUUAAAACUGAUGAGCCUGGGACAUCAUUAAAUCCCCAGGAUAACUAACUAAUGAUUUUACACAUCAGCAUCUGUUACCUGGUCACAGGGAGUAACUUACCUUUUUGAUAAGUUCCAUAAAGCCUUUUGUGGCUCCAGAGGGAGCUUCUUAAAACAUUAAAAAACAGUGGUUUUAUAAAUUAAGUUGACUUUACUCUGUAGCCUGCUCCUAAUCUCUGUUUGAGGCUACAUAAACCCUAAUCUCCAACCCAAUAUUUGGCAGUUGAGUUGUAUUAAGGGGGAAUUGUGGGAAUAAAUAAAGGUAAUAUCUCUGCUGCA